CACUGUGGGCUGCUGGGCAGGUUGUUUACCAACUACUACUGGGAGAAGGGAGGCGUCUCUGGUAUCCAUGCCAGGCCCUGCAAAGCAAGCUGCAUGUCCUCUUUACCACUGCACACAGAGCAGCCACAGGAGUUAGUGACUGACUGGAACAGUGUCCAUGACUUUCUCCUUUCCCAGUCUCUCUUCCUAGGACUCUGCCUUUCCCCAGGAGGAAAAAGGAGAAAUGAGCAUGUUUAAGGAAGCAGUGACUUUCAAGGAUGUGGCCGUGGCCUUCACAGAGGAUGAGCUGGGCCUUCUGGAUGCCACUCAGAGGGAGUUGUACCAGGAUGUGAUGCUGGAGACCUUCAAGAACCUAGUGUCUGUGGGGCUUUACCCCUUCAAACAUGAUAUAUUCCACUUAGAAAUGGAAAAAAAUCUUUGCAUAAUGAAGACUGGAAUCCAAAGAGAGGGGAAGUCAGGAGGGAAGAUUGAAUGUGAGAUGGAAACUCUUUCAGAAUCAUAUGAAGCAGAACCAUAUGAAGAACUUUCCUGGUGGCAGAUCUGGGAACAAAUUGCAAGUGACUUAGCCAAGUGCCAAGACUCCAUGAUAAAAAGUUCUCAUUUCCACAGACAAGAUGAUUCUUCCUGCCAAGUUGGGGUAAGACUAUCUGUAGCUCAGAUACACCAAAAACCUUGUCAGUAUAACAAAUGUAAAAAAACCUGUAGUGAUGGCCCUAGCUUUGAUCUUCAUCAACAAGUACACUCAAGAGAGAAGUCUCAUACAUGUGGUGAGUGUGGAAAAAACUUCUGUUAUAGCUCAGCUCUUCAAAUUCAUCAGAGAGUUCACUUGGGAGAAAAACGCUUUAAGUGUGAUGAGUGUGGGAAGGAAUUCAGUCAAAAUUCACACUUACAAACUCAUCAGAAAGUUCACACUGUAGAGAAACCAUUCAAAUGUGAGCAGUGUGGGAAAGGCUUCAGUCGUAGAUCAACACUUACUGUUCACUGUAAACUCCACACAGGAGAUAAACCUUAUAAUUGUGAAGAAUGUGGAAGGACCUUCAUUCAUGCUUCUCAUCUUCAGGAACAUCAAAGAAUCCACACUGGGGAGAAACCAUUCAAGUGUGAUAUAUGUGGUAAGAACUUCCGUCGCAGAUCAGCACUUAAUAAUCAUUGCAUGAUCCACACAGGAGAGAAACCAUACAAAUGUGAAGACUGUGGAAAGUGUUUUACUUGUAGUUCAAAUCUUCAUAUUCAUCAGAGGGUUCACACAGGUGAGAAACCUUAUAAAUGUGAGGAAUGUGGUAAAUGCUUCAUUCAGCCUUCACAAUUUCAGGCCCAUCGGAGAAUCCACACUGGAGAGAAGCCAUAUAUAUGUAAUGUUUGUGGUAAGGGCUUUGUUUACAGUUCAAGUUUUCAAACCCAUCAAGGAGUCCACACAGGAGAGAAACCAUACAAAUGUGAUGAAUGUGGGAAGAGCUUCAGGAUGAAAAUCCAUUAUCAAGUCCAUCUAGUGGUGCACACAGGAGAGAAACCCUACAAAUGUGAGGUGUGUGGGAAAGGCUUCCGUCAGAGUUCAUAUCUUAAAAUUCAUCUGAAAGCCCACACUGUAGGGAAACCUUACAAGUGUGAAGAGUGUGGGCAGAGCUUCAAUCAGAGGUCCCGACUUCAGAUUCACCAACUGAUCCACACUGGUGAGAAACCAUACAAAUGUGAAGAUUGUGGAAAGGGAUUCAGUCGUAGAGCAGAUCUUAAAAUUCAUUGCAGAAUCCACACAGGAGAGAAACCAUAUAAUUGUGAGGAGUGUGGGAAGGUCUUUAGUCAAGCCUCACAUCUUCUAACCCAUCAAAGAGUUCACAGUGGAGAAAAACCAUUCAAAUGUGAAGAGUGUGGGAAGACUUUUAGUCGGAGUUCACAUCUUCAAGCCCAUCAAAAAGUCCAUAUUGGGGAAAAGCCAUACAAGUGUGAGAAGUGUGGGAAGGGCUUCAAGUGGAGCUUGAACCUUGACAUGCAUCAGAGGGUUCACACAGGAGAGAAACCAUAUAAGUGUGGGGAAUGUGGCAAGCAUUUCAGCCAGGCCUCAAGUCUUCAGCUUCAUCAGAAUGUUCACACAGGGGAGAAACCGUAUAAGUGUGAUAUGUGCAGUAAAGUUUUCAGUCGGUCUUCACAACUUCAGUAUCAUAGAAGAGUUCACACAGGGGAGAAACCUUAUAAAUGUGAGAUAUGUGGUAAGAGCUUUAGCUGGAGAUCAAAUCUUGUAAGUCAUCACAAAAUUCAUCCUGGUGAUACAUUUUAUGAAAAUGGUCAAAAUGGUAAGAACUUCAAAAAGUCAUCAGAGGAAAACAAUUCUACAAAAUGAUGGUUUUUUAAAAAAUUGUGCACAAACCUUUUAUUUUCACAAGACCACACAGUGGAGAACCUUUCCAAGUAGUACCAUAGGGCUUUAGUCAGAACUUUGAUAUUAUCAGAUGCCACUUACAAGAUAGUUAUCUAGAAAGGAAAAGAAUUUGAGCUGUCCUUUAACUGAAGUUUAAUGAUGUCCACUCGAAUUUAAGCUCCAUAAGGGCAGGGACUUAUCUACAACCUAAAGAUUGACUCCCACAUGUAGGUUGCUGGGUAUUAUUUGUUAAAUAACCAAAAGGAGGAAAUGCAUACUCUAUGAACAUUGUAUUCAAUGAGGAAACCUGGAAAAUAAAAUUAAGUUGGGGUAGUGUACUCUUGUUGAAAUGCAGAGAAUUCCUUGGUAAUAUAAGAAGAUUGUUUCCAUAUAGCAUUUAUCAAAAAUUUUCAGGGGCUGUGCCAUAUUCUUCUCCACACUCAUGAAACAAACACACACGCAAAAAUUAAGGGAAUUAAACAAUUAUAUCAUGUAUUUUGAAGCAAGAUUGACAUUUAUAUGCUUUCCCCAACUGAGAGCAGUAAAUAAAGCAUAGUCUUGGAAAUAUCAGGAUAGAUGUUAUAUAUCUCUUUGAUCUGCAAAUUAUAUAAUUGCAGUUUAUGAGAUUAAGAACCUAAA